UAACCACGCCCCGUCAGCUGUUUCCUCAACUUCAGCGAAGCACACGGGAAAACUUUUCUUCGCCUCUGACCAGAGUCACGGUGAACCGAUGGUAGACACCGCCGCGUUUCGUUUUGGGACUUAAUUUCCUCACCGCGAUAACCCAGCAACGAGUGGUGUCAGCAUGUCCUUGGCGGAUCAGCAGUGGUGUCCCACAAGCGUCCAGGUGACGGUCCUCCAAGCCAGAGGCCUCAGGACAAAGGGGAAAAGCGGCACUAACGAUGCGUACGCGGUCAUGCAAGUGGGCAAGGACAAGUACCAGACCUCGGUGGUGGAGAAGAGCGUGGCUCCGGUGUGGAAGGAGGAGGCCGCUUUCGACCUGCCGCCGCCACCACAUCAGGGUGGGGGAGGAGGAGGAGGAGGAGAGCGGGGCACGCUGCAUGUCCACGUCCUGCACCGGGCCCUGGUGGGUCCAGACAAGCAGCUGGGAAAGGCUGUCAUCAACCUGCUGCAGCUCAGUGAGGACAAAACCCGCGACAAGACCGAAUGGUUUAAGCUACUGGACAAGACUGGCAAGGCAGACAAAGACAGAGGAGAGGUGCUUCUGGACAUCCAGUUCACGAGGAACAACAUGACUGCCAGCAUGUUUGAUCUCUCUGCUGCCGGAAAAUCCCGGUCUCGCCUGGGCAAGUUCAAGGACAAAGUUCGUGGCAAGAAAAAGGAAUCAGAUACUGUGUCUAGUGUGGUGCCAUCCUUCACUCAGGUGCUGACUGACAGCGAGGAGGAGGCAAAUGGGGAUGGGGAGGUAGCUGUGGGGAAGGAUGAGAAGAAGAAGAAACACAAAAUGAAGUCUUUAUUUACUCCCAAGUCCAACCUCCAGAGGAACAUGUCUCAGUCCAUGUCUGUUCUGCCUGCAAAGAACUCCUCACUAAGCGGAAGUCAGUCCUCUGGUCUGAAUGUGGAUUCCUCUGAGGGUAAAAAGAAGUUCAAGUUCAUGAUACAUAAACGCUCAGGCAGCUCAGACAACAAAGAUUCCUCCUCUGGCCACCAAAAACAUGGCGCUGUAGAACAGAGUAACUUGUGCAUCAAUGGCAGUCACGUAUACUUUGAAGAGCCGCAGCCUCGGACAUCUCGCAUCGGAUCAAACUUCAGUGUGGCCAGUUCAGGCCAUGGUUCCAUGGAAGAUGUCCCUGAAAGCUCCCCACCAUCUGCUGAUUCACUUAGGGUUGUGAGGCAAUAUUCACCCUGGACAGAGGAGGAGGAGGAGGAGACAGCUGCAGUAGAAAAUAUAACAGAGCACGUGGAUGAACUUAAAAGGGAGGAAGAGGAAAGAAUUAGGAUGGAGGAGGAGAGGAGGAGAAGAGAAAAAGAAGAGGAGAGGGUGAGGGGGGAAGAAGAAGCGCUUGAGAGGUUGGCUGAGGAGAAGAGGAGACAAGAGGAAGAAGAAAGAAAAAGGAUUGAAGAAGAGAAAGUUAGAAGGGAGGAAGAGGAGAGGAUUCAGAGGGAGCAAGAGAGGAAGAGACGAGAGGAAGAGGAGAGGGUUAAGAGAGAAGACGACGAACGUGAAAGAUUAGUAGAGGAAAAGAGGAGAGUGGAAGAAGAAGAAAGAAGGAGAAUUGAAGAGGAAGAAAAAAGGCAAAGACAGAGAGAGGAGAAGAUUAGGAUAGAGGAGGAAAGGGCUCAGGAAGAGAGGAGAAGACAAGAGGAAGAGGAGAGGGUUAGGAGACGAGAAGAAGAGCGUAAAUUAGCAGAGGAAAAGAGGAGACUGGAAGAAGAAAGAAGAAGAAUGGAAGAAGAGAAAGUCAGAAAGGAGGAAGAGGAGAGGAUUCAGAGGGAGGAAGAGAGGAAGAGACGAGAGGAAGAGGAGAGGGUUAAGAGAGAAGACGAAGAACGUGAAAGAUUAGUAGAGGAAAAGAGGAGAGUGGAGGAAGAAAGAAGGAGAAUUGAAGAGGAAGAAAAAAGGCAAAGACAGGAAGAGGAGAAGAUUAGGAUAGAGGAGGAAAGGGCUCAGGAAGAGAGGAGAAGACAAGAGGAAGAGGAGAGGGUUAGGAGACGAGAAGAAGAGCUUAAAUUAGCAGAGGAAAAGAGGAGACUGGAAGAAGAAAGAAGAAGAAUGGAAGAAGAGAAAGUCAGAAAGGAGGAGGAGGAGAGGAUACAGAGGGAGGAAGAGAGGGCUGAAGAAGAGAGAAUGAGAAACCAGAAAGAAGAGCGUGAGAAAAAGAGGAGACUAGAGGAACAAGAAAGGAAGCAACAGGAGGAAGAGGAAAGGAUUAGGAAAGAGGAAGAGAGGAGACAAGAGGAAGAGGAGAGGGCUAACAAGGAAAAGGAAGAAUAUGAGAGACUGGUAGAAGGAAAGAGGAAGCUGGAGGAACAAGAGAGAAGACAGAAAGAGGAAGAGGAGAGAAUUAGAAAGGAGGAGCAGGAAAGGAUUAGGAUUGAGGAGGAGAAGAGGAGGAGACAGGAGGAAGAAGAGGAAAAGGAAGAAAUGGAAAGAUUAGUGGAGGAAAAGAGGAGACUAGAGGAACAAGAAAAGAGGAGGAUUGAGGAAGAAGAGAAGAUUAGGAGGGUGGAGAAACCUGAAAGGGAGAGGGAAGAGGAGGAGGCCAGGAAGCUGGAGAACCAAAGCUUAACAACAGAUGCAGAAGAACGGAAGAAAAGAGAAAAUAAAACACAAGAUGGACACAAACCUGCCUGGCAGAAAUCUAAAGUAACCAUGGAGAGCCCUGCAGAGGUCACCUCCAGGGAGCCGUUUGAUGAAAACCUCUCAAAUAAUUGCUUUGAGGAGAUUCCCAACCCACCUGCUGGACCUGACAGCAACACAGCCAAAGUGUCAAAUGUCCAACAAGGAUCUCAAUCUGCUGUGUCAUUGGUGGGAAGCAAGACUAUUUCCACUGAUAAAAAGGACCUGAUUAAUGCUCAAUGGGAGAAGCGACAAGCUCCUCAGCCUCCAAGAAGGAAUCAUGCUGAGAGUCAAAGGGAGCAGGAUGUAUCUACACAACAUCUGGUACAAAUUAACACGCAGAGUAAUGACAAAGACGUCAAAACUGCCAGUGUUCUCCCUCAGCGCUCGGUGCAAAUGAUCGCUCCUCUGAGUCAGUCUCCCACAGGUACAAAGAACACCGAGAGCUUGAUGCAAAGUAGUACCACAAAAGGAACAGCAAUUGGAGGCAAACACAGUAAACGUCCUGCACCCUCUAGACCUCGUUCUGUGGAAGAGGAGCCAUCACCUGAGCCGAAAACAGCCUCGUCCUCUGGUGGCAGCAUUUCCCAGGGAGGUGGCUCAGAGACAAAACAGGCCCCUGUUGUUUAUGGCUUAAAUCCAUUUGAAGACGAUGAAGAUGAGUUCACAGCCCAAGAUGAUACAACAGCCUCUGGUAUUACUGGUUCAAUACACUGUCCUCCAGUUGCUGAUAAAGAUGCUGCCUCUCAAGCAAAAGUCAAAUCCUCAAAGAUCGCCCGGGCUCCUCCACCUCCUGCAAAGAGAGCUGCCACAUCAAGCACUUCAAUCCACCAAAACACUGCCGGAGGCCGUGUUACGGAUGAUACAGGUGUGGCUGUACCUGAUAACGAUGCAAACCUAGCAUUUGACCCACAACCUGAGGCCACAAUCUCUGUGCCUGUCCAGGAGACUUCACUAAAAGAGCCCCAACCUGCGAGAGCACAGGGCACUGGAGAGGAGGCAGCUGUGAAGAAGGAAGUGCCUCCUACAACUUCACGCAGGCUUCAACCUGUAAAACCCCUUAAUCCACUGGAACAGCAGUCUCUCUCCAUUGAUCAAGGGGAAAUAUAUAACAAAUCCACAGGAAUCCUUAAUGAAGUUCAGGAGAAAACAAAGGUAAAUGACACUGGGCUGAAAGGGCCGUACUCCCAGCUGACUCAUGAGGAGCUCAUCUCACUGGUGCUGAAACAGGAGAAGCAGCUUUCUGAGAGAGAGAAAAAGAUCGGAGAGCUGGAGCAGUACAUUGACAACUUACUUGUACGCGUAUUGGAAGAAAAACCAAGUAUCCUGAUGUCCAUGAGCUCUCUGAAGAAGGCUGUCUAGGUAGAUUCACAGCUCACACUUUAUUCCUGCUGUACCCGAUUCACGAUGGUUCCACAACAGAAACUUCACUUUGAAAUACUUGUGGAUUAUAUUAUGAAAGGUAACUGAAGUAAAAGUUUAGGUUUACAAGGUUUGAACAGUUUAGAGUCUAACUUCAACAUAUUGGCAAAUGAAUAAUGAUAAAGGCUGAAAUAUACUUUGUAAAAGAAAUCUUGCAGAGGCUGUUUCAGUUUCAGCAAAGAGCCUCUCAGUUGGGGAAUUAUGUUAAUGAGUACAAAUAUAUUCUACAUUUUUCUAAAUAUUUAGUAAUAUUUUUGACACUUUGCUACAGCAUGUACAUGUCUGACUUUGAAACAAUCUCUUGUGUAUUUGUAAUGAUUAUUUUCAUGUAAAGCAUAACAUUCUGUCUAGUAAUAACUUUGAUGAAUGUCCAGUAUUUCCUACGUGACUGACGUCUUACUAUAUUUCAUGGCAAAACCAAAAGGCAUACUGUAUGUAUUUCUAGAAUCUAUGAGCUUGCUGUUCACUGGUAAUAUAUGCAGUAUAAAGAAGAGCCUUCUUUAAGUGUUAAUAUGCCGAGUUAUGUAGAUAAAGUUUCCUGCUCUUGUACUGAAUGUCAGAAGUUUACAUGAUUCUACUAACCCCCCUCAAAAAGCACUUUAAUUAAGCUUACACUUUGACCACGAUAUACAAUGAAUUGCUUUUCUGUACUGAGGCUACUGCUUUGCGGUAUUAAAAAAUGCAAAAUAAAAUAAACCCUUGAAUAAACUA